UAUAUUUUUUUGAACCAUAUUUUUCUAGAAUUACGGUUGCAUUUUCUCUCAUUUUGGCCUCCACAAAAACUUUUCUCUUUCUCUCUCUACAAAUCCAUCUAAUUUCUUGAGUCUUCACUGUAGCAGCAGCUGCAUAGAUAUGGCUUUCAGAGUCGGAAGCGGAGUCGGCGUCGGAGGGGUAAGCAUCUUCUGGCAUGGGUGUCGCUGAGCAUAGCGUAAGCACAUUCCAGGAAUUGCAGAGGAAGAAAGUACAUCGCUAUGUGAUUUUCAAAAUUGACGAGAAGAAGCAAGAGGUUGUGGUUGAAAAAACUGGAGGCCCUGCUGAGAGCUAUGAUGAUUUCACUGCAUCCUUGCCUGAAAAUGAUUGCCGAUAUGCAGUCUUUGACUUUGAUUUUGUGACUGCUGAGAACUGCCAAAAGAGCAAAAUCUUUUUUAUUGCAUGGUCUCCUUCGGUAGCUCGCAUUCGCCCUAAGAUGCUUUAUGCAACAUCAAAGGACAGGUUCAGAAGGGAGCUGCAGGGCAUCCAUUAUGAGAUUCAGGCAACAGACCCAACAGAGAUGGAUCUCGAAGUCCUCCGAGACCGUGCAAACUGAGCACCUAAACAAACUGAAAGGGUUGUUGUGUCUAAGUUAUGUAGUUAGGAUUUCUUAGGCCUCAAGAAAUGUUGUUAACUGAUGCCCUUAAGUAUUAGUAUGGUCUUGUUCUGACACAUUUCAUAUAAAUAGCUUACUUCAAGUAAGUAACAUAUGCACCUGUGAAGGCUGAUCUGGGUUCCUGCCUAAGAAACCCCACUGCAGAGGAAUUUGAGUUGUUCCUUACUGUUACUGCCAUGAUGCUUCUCAGGUGGAAUUAAUAUGGUUAUGGAUAUUGAAAAUUUGGCUUUAAUUGCUGCAAUAUAAAGUCAGUCAUUAGCUAUGAAA